AUGAUCACAUUUACUACUCUUCUCCCACUCCUCCUAUUAAUCAACAGCUUUAUCUUGCUAGCCGCGGCUCAAACACAGACCACACCGAUUCCGGUCAUCGGCGUCACGACGGGUGUUGAUGCCAAUACGGGACAGAGGCCAAUUAGGAGGAAUGUCAAUGAUCUCUACGCAAGAGGAGGACCGCAAUGGGACCUCUACAUCCUGGCCCUGUCGGAGAUGCAAGCGACGGACGAGUCGGAUGAGCUCUCGUAUUUCAGCCUGGCAGGUAUUCAUGGAUUACCGCACAAACCGUGGAAUGGAGUCGAGCAAGUGGAUGGUGCGCCUGAUGUUGGGUACUGUCCCCAUGGUCAAACCCUAGUCACCCACGCCCUCUCCAUCGCCUCCCGCUACCCCCCCUCCUUCCAAGCCGCCUACACCGACGCCGCCCGCACCCUCCGGCUUCCCUUCUGGGACUGGGCCUCGGACCCAUCCUUGCCCAUCGCCGUGAUGAACGACACCAUCAAAGUCAGCAACACGCCCAAUUCCUCUCUAUCUUCCCUAUCCCCGCCCAACACCAACGGCACCGGCGGCGGCAGCGGCGCCCCGUCGGGCGCCCUUCACCACCCUUCGGGCGGCCAGCUCGGCACCAAAAAAGGGACUAACCUCACUGCUGACUCCCCACUGAAACCCUUCCACGCCCAGUUUCCUGCUACCAACAGCAGUACACCACCAUCGGACGCGGGGGGGUUCUUCCAUACUAGUAACUCGGUGGCGGAUCUCCGGACGUUUGGGUAUUCUUACCCGGAGCUGAACACGGAUUGGCAGAUAACCGAUAAGGAGAAGUUGGCGGCGCAGGUGAAGAAGGCGGUUAAUAAGUUGUAUGGGUCUGGCGAUGAUGAGAGUGCGAAUGGUGUGGCUAGACGGGAAGUUGAUGAGGAUCUGAAUCCGGAGGAUGCGCUUGGCGAGGAGGAUGACAGCACCGUCAUUGAUGGUGGGAAGGAGAUUGAUGAGAACAACAAGAUCACCUUCCGCCGUUCGAGGUUGCGGUCCCUGUCUCUCUCUGCUUCCACCUCCACCACCAACUUUAACUCCCAGGAAGAUAAAGAAGGCACCACAAGCACCGACGGCAAACAAACAGAAGAAAACAACAAAAUCACCUUCCGCCGUUCUCGCUCCCUCGCCAAGUCCCUCUCAUCCGCCAACUCCAAGAAACCAAAACGACAAACCUACGGCCAAAGCCCUACCAAAAAUUACUACUAUACCGCCGAGCUCUCCGUCGACCGCUCCGAAGUACCUCUCCCAUGUACAAUCUCCCUGAUUGUCAAUGAGGUGGUCAUGGGCCGUAUGAGGGGAUUGGGGCACGUGGAUAUGACUCCUAAUAGGAUCAUCCCGUUUUUGAGGGGGAAUAUGACUGUUGAGAUUCGGGCGAACGACGAAACCCUAACCGACCCAUCCACCGUCCCCUCUCUCCACCUCGACAUCCAAGACUGGGAAUACAUCCCCCGCAAAAACGCCAGCGAGUUCCCCAUCUUCCAGAACCCUCGGAAAUGGCCGAUUGGGAUUCGUGGACCGGGAGGACAUGGAGGGUAUGGGGGAGGCGGACACUAA